AUGGCUGCCAUUGCACAAGGACACCAGGUCCAUCCGGACGGUCGGACGUGGAAGAGCCAUUUUCCCAAGGGUGAUCUCUGGGUAUUUGGUUAUGGGAGUUUGAUCUGGAAACCGCCUCCACAUUAUGACCAGCGCGUACCUGGCUAUAUCAGCGGUUAUGUGAGGCGCUUCUGGCAGGUGCGUAAACCCUUCACUCAAGGGGAAGACUUUCUAUAUAUCCGCAUUCGAAAAAGCCGGACUAACAUUUUGGUUAUCGUCCAUGAAUUCCAGGCUAGUACCGAUCACCGCGGCACCCCCGAGCAACCAGGCCGAGUAGUCACCGUAAUCGAGCGAACCUUCUGGGAGACCCUGGACGACCCGCUCGCCCACUUAGAAUCCGAAUUAUCCUCCACAGGCAAAGUCUGGGGCGCAGCAUACCACAUCCCAGCAUCUCAUGCUGAAGAAGUCCACGACUAUCUCGACGAGCGGGAGAUCGACGGGUACAGCGCGCACUACACGCCCUUCCACCCGACAGUGGAAGUCGGAGGCACCGGGUCCUCUCCAAUCAUCUGCAUGGUCUACAUCGGGCAGCCGAGUAACCCGCAGUUCCUGCGUGACGCUGCUGAUCGCGACCCGCAGCACGUGGCACAGGUCAUUAGUGCUGGGCACGGGUUGAGUGGGAAGGGGUCAGAGUAUUUGUUCUUGCUGGAGAAGGCUCUUGAGGGUCUUGGGCUUGGGACUGCGGAUGUUCAUGUUACAGAUUUGGUUAAGAGGGUUAAAGCUAUUGAGGCUGAGGGACUUGCAGAGGCUGAGGAGGAAGAGGCGGAACUUAAGGUUACUAGGUCUUUGGAGAGCUCGGCUGAAGUGUCUGAUCGGGAGGAUGACCGUGCGACCAUUGAAUGA